UGUCACCCCUGGAAGUGAACAUUAUGUUUGGUGAAGGUCCCCCGCUCACUCUCUUUAUUCUGGUAGCAUCUUCACUAUAGUGCACCAUUAAGAGUCUGAUAUUAAAUGUUACCAGACAAACCAUGGCAAGGGUCGGGCUCUUUUCUUGCCUUCUGUUCACCAUGGCUGUGUAUGCACUGACUUUUGAAUUCAAUCUCAUUAAAGUUUUCCCUGAGGUUGGCAGAAUCUCUGGCGUGUCCAUGGUGUCUUACGGGAAUCAAUAUGCCCUGAACGCCUCUCAGGCUAGAGCCAUGUGCCGCUUCCUGAACAUCACCAUAGCGACCUGGGAACAGGUCCAUACUGCUCACCAACAUGGACUGGAGACAUGCGGAUAUGGCUGGAUAGAUAAACAGAUUGCAGUUAUCCCUCGCAUUGUGAAGAGCACGAAAUGUGGCAGGAAUAACAUUGGGUUAAUAACAUGGAGAGCACCGAUAAACAAACCCUUUCAUGUGUUUUGUUUCAAUUUAACAGAUUUAGAGAAUCCUUUGGAUAUCACAACACCUAAUGUCCAGACCACAACAAAAACUAUGACCACUAGAACAGUCUCAACAUCAGCACCAACUACUACCAAAACUGUGAAAAACAGGGUCAAGACAACACCUAAAGUUCCAGCACCUAAAGUUCCAGCACCUAAAUCAACAACACAAGUCUCAAGAUUGGCCCCCACUACCACAACAACGACCACUUACCUGGUCCAGUCAACAACCAGCUUCAUCUCCACCUCUCCUCCUCCCUCCCCAUCCCCCUCGUCUCUCUCCUCCCUCCCUUGUCCCACUUCCCUCUCUCACUUACUUCCCACAUCCUCUCGCUCUCUCCCCAGCUCUUUCUCUCCCUCAUCUCCACCUCUCAUCUCGUUUUUGUCUUUCACCUCUUCCUCCCUCGUUUCCUCUCCUUCUCAAAACACCUCCACCAACCACAUCGAGAGCCCUGUCGGAGCAAUAUAUACGGUUCUCCUCAUCAUCUUCCUGGCUGUGGCAGUAGCAGCGUGUUACUACAAAAUGACCAGAGGUGUUUUCCCAAUCCAAUUCUGCCGCAGAGGACAGCACAAUUUGAAGGAUGACAUAGAGACUGAGAUGUGGAUACACACGGACAGUGAGAUGGAUCUGCAGGACCCACAACAGAGAGAAGGAGGAGAAGAGAAUGGAGACAGGAAGUCCACCAGUGACAUCAUUGUCAGUAAUCCAGAGGCCACAACAAAUGGCCCUUAGUAGCAAUAUACGACCAUGUUGAGGGGGAUUUACAGUGCUGAAAAAGACAUUAGCAAAAUAUAUUGUUGACUAACAGGAACUGCAGAAAUAAGUAUUAGGAACUGUAGAAAUAAGUAUUAGGAACUGCAGAAAUAAGUAUUAGGAACUGUAGAAAUAAGUAUUAGGAACUGUAGAAAUAAGUAUUAGGAACUGCAGAAAUAAGUAUUAGGAACUGUAGAAAUAAGUAUUAGGAACUGUAGAAAUAAGUAUUAGGAACUGUAGAAAUAAGUAUUAGGAACUGUAGAAAUAAGUAUUAGGAACUGUAGAAAUAAGUAUUAGGAACUGUAGAAAUAAGUAUUAGGAACUGCAGAAAUAAGUAUUAGGAACUGUAGAAAUAAUAGAGCUCUGCAGAGGUUUUUUUCAGAUGUUUCUGAUAAUUCAAUGUCUUUUUUGUUUUAUAAAUGAUUGUAAACAAUCAAACAAAAAUAUUUUCCUUUGCCUAGA